UUGUGGUGUUCCCCGGCCGUUUCAAGAUUGAGACUCUUUCAUUUUUAACCACACUUUAGCAACCGUUCACCCCCUUAGUUUUUUGGGGGGUGGUUGUGGGCGAUGGCGGUCGUCCUACUGCAGGCUCUGGAGCGGACAGAGCUGAACAAACUUUCAAAAGGUGUCCAGAACAAGCUGGAGAAGUUUGUCACAGAGCUUCAAAAUGCUAACGAGGCUCUUCAAACGCAGCAUGAGAGAUUCAAAGCUGAUAGCGAGCAACAGUACUUCAACAUUGAGAAGAAGCUGACUGAGAGUCAAGAGCAGACCCUUACAGCCACUCGGGACUUGCUCUCGGUCAAGGAAGAGAACAAGAAACUCAAUGAAGAACUAAGUGCGCUGAAGGGAAUUGAAGGAGACACAACAAAAGAUAAACCCUCUCAGCAGCAAACGAAGACCAAGUAUGAAAUCGAAGCAGAGAAUAGGGAAGUGUCGCGACUCCUGGAGAAGAGAACGCAAGAAGUGGAUGCUCUGACGGAGGAUGUGAACCGUCUAAAUGAGAAGCUGACUGAGACCAGCAAAGUCAAGAUGGAGUUGCAGUUAAGGCUUGAUGAGAUUCAGUCAUCUGAGGCAACAGUUCAGCACCGGGAGAAGCGGGUGGAACAGGAAAAAGAGUUAAUGGAGAACAAAAUUGAGUGGCUGACGAAAGAGCUGAACAUGAAGACAGAAGAGCUGCUGAAUACAAAUCGAGAAAAAGGCGAGGAGAUUCUCGAGCUGCAGGGAAGUUUGAAGAGCAGCAAGGAGCAGGUGACCUUGCUGGAAAAGCAACUUGGCUCUCUCAGGGAUUCUUGUGAAAGUCAAAGCAAAAUAGCUGAAGAUCUCAACAAUAAGCUGAGACAAGCUAAAGAUGAGCAGGCGGCCAUGGACGAGAAAUACCGCAAUGAACUGAAUGCUCAUGUGAAACUGUCUUCUCUAUACAAGGGAGCCGCAUCAGACAUGGAGACAAAAAACCAGGAACUGAGCAGAGCUGUUGAGGAACUUGCCAGGGUGGUGAAAAGCAGCACUGAAGCCAACAAGCUUUUAGAGCGGAAAGUGUCAGAAACAGAGCGACAGAAGACGCAGCUGGAGGCUGAGCUGAGAGAGAAGCUCAAGAAAAUGGAGAAGGAGCUUGAAAAUUCUGUGUUGAAGGCCUCUGGCAAACGCUGUUGUGGUUCGUCUUUGACUGAGGAUCAACUGGAUUCCUUGUGUCCAUCAGCAGCUGCAAUAGCUGCCAUUGUCAAACCUGGAAUGAAAUUCUUUGAUUUGUACAACGCUUACACUGAGUGCCAGACUCAGCUCCAGCUGGAGAAGCAGGAGACCCGGAGAGUCAGCAAAGUUCUGGAUGAGAUCGUCAAGGAAGUUGAAUCGAAGGCACCGGUUCUUAAACGCCAGAGAGAAGAGUAUGAAAGCAUGCAGGGUUCGAUGACCUCCAUAUGCAACAAGCUAGACCAGGCCAGAUCGGAGAUAUACUCUCUUCAAAAAGAGAAAGAUGAUAUCAAGCAGCGUUGCGAAUCUCUGGAGAAAGAAAAGAUGCGAGUGGAGAGAAUUCUUGAUGAUACUUCUUUACAGGUCUGUUCACUGCUGGUGGAGCUGGAGGACAGCAAAGGGACCAAAGUGACCAAAGAUGAUGAAAGCACAGCAAGUAUUUCCAGCACUUCUGAGGGUCCUCAGCAACAGAUGAUCCGCAGUGUUGAUGACCUCCUUAAGCAGAACCAGAGUCUCCGGGAAAGUCUCAGGCAGCUGGAGGAGGAAGGCGACAAGCGGCAGAAUCAAGAGACAGCAGCUCGUACAUCAGAGUUGGAGGCCAGUUUGAGUAAAGCACUGAAGGAGGUAGAGCAGCUUAAAGAGCAGAGGAACCAGCAGAAGCAGUUGGCCGACUCCAGUGCUCGACAGAGGGACAUGUACAAGGCACUCCUGACCCAGAGCACUGGCUUCAACCUGCCCACUUCAGGUUCAGAUCCGUCUUCUCAACCUCUGCCAGGUCGUCCCUUAGUCCCAGCCACACGCUCUACUCCACAGAGAGCUGUGGCGGCUGAAUCCGCUCAAACUUCUCAAGCCAAAGCAGCUUUGAAACAACUGAAUGAUGCAUUCACUUUGUACAAGAAAGAAAAAGCAGAAAACGACAAAUUGUUGAAUGAAACUAAUGACCGGCUGCAGAAACAGCUGACGGAGUUCCGAGCUAGCCACGCCAAGCUGACUGCUCAACUAGAGUUCAGCGACAAAAGGUAUGAUAUGCUGCAGAAUAGUGUAACAGCCUUCCGCAGGGAGAUCUCUGCUCUAAAAGACAUAAACCAAAAAAUGUCAGCAACAGCUCAAAGGCAUGAGCACACCAUUCUCACAAUGAAUCAAGACCUUCGACAAGCUAAUGAAAAACUGGCAUUGGAAGAGGUACGGGUCGUGAACUUGACCAAAGAGAGAGACAUGCUGAGACAAGCAGAGAGUCGGCUUAACAGAGAGAAGGAAGCCUUACUCGUAGAACAACGCAACCAAAAACUGCUGUCCACCAACCUGAAGACAAUACAGGUGACAAUGGAGCGCACAGAGACUGAGACUCGUCAACGUCUGAACAAUAAGAUUGAGCACUUGGAAGCAGAACUGACUUCAAUGAAGAUGAAACUAAAUCAGGAAGUGGCACAAAGACACACACUUGGUCGCAACAUGGAUGCCCAGUUGUUAGAAGCAAAGAAACAACUGGAGACUCAGAACAAGUUGCAGCAGCAGACAAAGGAGGUGUUGCGUAGUGCUGAGCAGCAGGUCACAACUCUCAAAGCCCAGUUGGCAGCCACUUCUUCUGCUGAGACGACAACCCCUGCAACCAGAGCUGUAGGCUUGAAAACACCAUUGAGGGUUCCCUCUACACAGGCUAGUCUGUCAGAAAAGGAAGUUACUGACCUAAAAGACAAACUCCAGUCUGCUGAAGAGCAAAACGGUGAACUUGCAGAGCAGUUGAAGAAUGCAAAUACUUCAGUGGAGCAGUACAGAGCUGUUGUUCUGACCCUGGAAGACAGUCUGAAGAAAGAAAAAGAGUCCCGAACUCCACUUGAGAGCCGUCUGAAUGAGGCAGAGACAAUUCAGAAGCAGCUGGAGAACAGGAUAAUGGAGGUGGAGAAACAGAAGCAGCAAGGACAAGAAGACAAGAGGAAAGCUGUAGACGCUGUGGAGAAACAAGUCAGUGAGCUGCAUCGAACGCUUAAAAUAAGCCAAACUGAGCUGCAAGAGGCAUUGGAGAGAGCAGCAACUGCUGUGACUCAGGAGCAAAAAGCCACCCAGGAAUCUCUGCUGCAGACCAAGUAUGCUGUGGAAGCCCAGGCGAAGUAUGAGCGGGAGCUCAUGCUCCACGCUGCUGAUGUGGAGGUCCUGCAGGAACUGAAGAAAAGGUCUCAACAAGAAUCAGAAAAGAGGAGGGAAUUGGAGGAGCAGCUGAGCAAGACCACUUCUCUCCUUCAAGAGAGGACAACCGCUUUGAACGUUGCAGAGAAACAGCUAAAGGAUGAGUUGUCCAGCCACAAUCGUCGGUGCGUUGAGCUUUUGAAGCAGAACACUCUGCUUCACCAGCAGAUUGAUGAAAUGGCCACACAGAAACGGCAGGAACCGCAGGCACAGCUUGACUUAUCAUUCAGUGAGGAAGAGAAAACCACUGAGCAGAUCCUUGAAAUUCUCAGAUUUGUGAGACGUGAAAAGGAGAUUGCGUUGACUGAGUGCGCUGCAUCAGAGGGAGAAGCCCUUCGCUACAAGCAGCUUGUGCAACACAAGGACCGCGAACUGAAGGAAAUGCAAGAACUUCUGAAUGCUGAGAGAGAUAAACUUCAGUGCACAGUCAAGACUCUGGCUCAACAGGAGGAGCAGUUGAAAAAAAUGGAGAGUGUCCAGGCUGUUCAAGAAGCUAACAAGAUGCUGAAAAACGAGAGAGAGAAGCUACAACAGGAGCUACAGCAAGCUCAGGCAAAAGUCAACAAGCUGCAACUCGACAUCGCCCCCCUGCACAAUUCGUUAUCACAACUUUCUGAGAAAAAUGGCUCCCUGCAGGCCGAUAAGAGGUUGCUGGAAGUCGACCUCAAACACUUAAAAGCCAAAGUUCAGCAAUUGGUGAGUCAGCAAAAGAGCGGAGACACUGAGGAGAGGCAGAAACUCACUGCGGAAAGAGAAGCACAGCAGAAGCAGAUUGCUCAGUUGGCUGAAGAGGUGGCCAAGCUGAAGACUGAUCACGCCAGGUCCAGUGCCAGCAGCAAUGUGGCUCAGUCUCAACUCCAAGGUCUCAGAGAGUCUGUUGCUCGACUGACAUCAGAAAGAGACACACUGAAAAAAGAAAUUGAAACUAAAAACAAUGAAAUCCUGGAGAAAAACAAGACAAUCACGCAGGUGAAGAAAAUCGGUCGCCGCUACAAGAGCCAGUAUGAAGAGCUCAAAGUGGAACAUGACAAGGUAAAACAACAGGAAGUUGCAAAACCGCAACAGGAGCUAAGCAAGGUUAAAGAGGAGCUUAACACCCUCAAAGAGAACAGCCAGAAGAAAGAAGAAGAGGUGAAAAAGUUGCAGAAAGAGUUGGAAGAAGCACAGAAGGAAAACCAAAACACCAAGGAAAAGUUACAAGAGAUUCAAAACCAGCAAGCUCAAAAGCAGGCGCAGUUGACACAGGUUCAGUCUCAGUUGACACAGACACAGACUCAGCUGCAACAGAAUCAGAACCAGCUGACCCAAAGUCAGAAAGAGCUUCAGCAGGCCAAGACAAGCACCCAACAGGUUCAGAACCAGUUAAAAUCUGCUCAGAAUCAACUUCAGGCCCGCCAGAACCAGAUUCAGCAUAUUCAGAAGGAGCUGCAGCAGGCUAAAGAUGCUCUCCAGCAGAAUCAGAAGGAGCUGCAACAAACUCAACAGACUGGUCAGUUGAGUCUCAACCAGGAAAUCAAUAACCUCAAAAAUGCCCUGAGCCAAUCUGAGUGCAAGGUGACAGAGCUCCAAGGUCUGUUGGACAAUCAGAAGAAGGCUGUUGCUGACCGGGAAGCUGAUGUCAAACGUCUCCAGCAGCAGCUGCAAGAAGCAACCCAGGCUGCCGAGGCAAGCCGAGCUGAAACAACCAGCCAGGCUGCUGUCUCCAGUGACGGUAACACUGGUAAUGACACAAAUGCAGCAAAGGAGCUGGCCAAACUUCGGCAGGAGCUUUCGGAGACCAAGGAUAAAGAGCAACAAUUAACUGCAGACAAAGAGAAGAUGAGGAAAGUGAUUGUUGCUGCAAAAGCCAAAAUCAGUCAAUUGAAUGCUGCCAAGGAACAAAUGAGCAAAGAUGUGGAUGAGCUAAAGCAGAACAAAGAAGAGAUGGAGGACAGGAUGAAUGCUCUGAAGUCCCAAUAUGAAGGAAGGAUUCUCCGACUGGAAAGAGAACUCAGAGAUGUGAGAGAUAAGCACACUGAACCCAAAGAUGAAACACAGGAUCAGAUGAGUGAUCAGGCCAAAUCUGUGGAUCAAAGACAAAUAUCUCUGAAGACUCCAGCCCAGGAAAGGGGCAGCUCCAGCUUGUCUGAGACCCCCACAGCCAACAUUCGUCCUACUCCAAGCACUCCUGCCCAGAGCAGUAAGCCAACCUCAUCUGCCAGUAGCAAGGCAACGCCCCGAGCCAGCAUCCGACCCAUGGUUACACCAGCUACUGUGCCCAUGCCCACGCCCACUGCCACUGUCAUGCCAACAACACAGGCCGACAGCCAAGAGGUUCUCAUGAGCGGAGCAGCUUCUGUUCACUCGUCCACCUCCAGUCUCAACACCUCCUUGACCCAGCCGUCCAGCACUCAGGCCACUGCUUUUGUCCAGCCCACUCAGCAGCAGGCAGCAAGUCAGGAGGCUGGCAGCAGCAUGGAUGCAGAGCGGCCUUCUGCAUCCUCAUCGGCAACUGGAGCAGCAGGUUCAAAACGGGUCAGAGAGGAAGAAGACACUGAGAACAGACCAGAGAGUUCGACUGCUGCGUCAUCUAGCAAGAAGCUCCGACUGAGGCCGGUGAUGGAACUGCAGAUUGAAGCUGAAGAUUUAGAAGAGCUAAGAAAUGAAGUGAUUGCGGAGGAUUUGCCCGACGACACUCAGGAACUGCCGGAUGAGUCUUUCCCCGAUGUGGAGAUUGAGGAGGAGGGCGUCUCUCAGUCCGUCCCCUCUGACCAGAUGUCCACACAGGAGACUGCUUUGAUACGAGAUGUCAUCGUGAUCGAUACAGACAGCGAAAGCAGAGAGGCAGACAAGAAUGAAGGGGAUGAUGAUGAUGAUGAAGAAGAAGAAGAAGAUGAAGAGGAGGAGGACGAGGAUGAAGAAGAGGAGGAUGAUAAUGAUGGAGAGGAGAACGAGGAGUCCAAGGAGGAUGGAGAUGACGACCAAGAUGAUGACGCGGCAGGUCAGAUGGUACUUCGGGGCAGCGAGGAGAGCCGAGGUGCUGAAGGCCAGGAAGAGGAACAGUCUAAUGGAUCAAACCCGGAGGGUGCUGGCUGUGGCACAUCUUCAGAAUCUCCACGUCCGUCUGAGCAGGCAGGUGAAACCAGCAGAGUCAUCGCAUCAGAGUCUGACCCUCUGAGAGACCCCCUCCAUUUUCCUCCCGCCUCCUCCUCUGCUGCACCUUCCCCCUCAACUUCCUCUAUCACUCCCCGCCUACCCCAACCUCGAAGACCUCCUCAUCCCCUCCCACCACGUCUCCACAUCCAACCCCCCGCACCAGAGCUGGGUCCGCCUCAUAUACAGAGACAAUCCUCUCAGCUGCGGCGACCCUCAGUAGGACGUGGGCCUCAGUUGACUCCAGGAAUCGGUAGCAUGGUGUCUGUGCUGCAGCAACAUUUCUUUGACGACGAUGACAGGAUGGUUCCCAGCACGCCCACGCUGGUGGUCCCACACCGCACUGAUGGCUUCGCUGAGGCAAUACACUCACCGCAGGUAGCGGGGUUGUCUACCCGCUUCAGGUUUGGGCCUCCAGAAGAUCUGCUCACUCAGGCGUCUUCAUCACACUCGGACCUGGGACAGCUGGCCUCCCAAGGCGGUCUGGGUAUGUAUGAGUCUCCGCUGUUCUUGGCUGCUCACGAUGAGGAUGGAGGAGGGAGGAGUGUACCCACAACACCGCUGCAAGUGGCCGCGCCAGUCACUGUCUUCACUGAGUCACUGCCAUCAGACAGUGGUGACAACAUGGCUUCCCAGUCUGUUCCCAUGGUAACCGCCAGCUCUGGAAUGGCAGCCGCUGGAGAUGAUGGAGAUGAGGUCUUCAUGGAUCAAGAAGGGGAGAGUUCCACUACUGAAGCAUCUUUAGAACAGUCGGCAGAUAUGGAGGCACCGGUUCAACAGACUGACGAGGCUUCCUUGUCUUCCACCAGCCAAGACCCUGACUCGAGUGUUGUCACUCAGCGACGUCUGGUCUCCACCUUCACCAGCCGAGGAACCCGAGGGGGCAGGGGUGAGACCCGGACCCUCAUCAGCCGCCGAGGGCCGUUCCGAGGACGAGGAGGGAUGGGCAGAGGAAGCAUCCACUAGUUCCCAUCCUCAGUAGCCUAGACAAAACUAGUGGCCUUGAGGAAGUGCUGUAAUAUAGCCUUUUUUAUUGUUUGGGUCACUUCAUCUCUCAUUGACUUUUUCUAACUCUUAUCCAUUUCAAUGCUUUUCGAGAGAUUUAGGAUACUAGUUUUCAUAAUAAAGUUGAACGUGAGUCACAUCAUUGCUGAUUUCUUUGAUAUUUUUUUGUGUUGCU